CGUGGCGUGGAAUAACUAUCACAUACAAACAUUGUCCACUAUCAAUACGAGCCGAUAGACCACAAGUCAACUCUACACAGUAAUCGCCCAUUGUAUACAAAGUAGGAGUAAAGUACCAACAUGUCACAAAAGUCGACACCACAAGUUUCAAAUCCUGUCCUGGCCUACGUUGAAAUAUAAUUGUUGGUUGACUCCUGCACAGGUUACGAGGAUCACGUGUCUAUAUUUGGACGUUUUGACGUCUCGCUGUAGUGAAGGUUCAAACGAUCAAUUCUCCCACAAUGUUGGCAUACCGGAGACAAUUAUGGUCUGUAUUCCGCUUUCGCCCGGUUACCUCAGUCCUCCUGCUAGCUGUACUAGGGGCAAUGGUGGGAUUGCUAAUGUAUUCCUUCACGAAGACGGUACACCAUGACGAAAAAGGAAAGCCAGUUGCACGAUUUGCAAAGGAAUCAAGUCAUCCAAACAUUGCUCCACUCCCAUCCGACUUGAAGGAAUUGCAAGUUCCAUUUUUCGCUGAAUCAAAUAGGAACAUCGACCUUAUCUAUCGGAAGAGACGUGAACAUCUCAAAUAUAUAUGUAAUGUUGAACAUGUAGGGAGCCAAACGAGAGAGAAACGGACGGAUCAGCUUUGGCACUACAAAUCACUGAACAUACUCUAUUGUCCUCUCGAGAAUCACGAUACAGUUAUAUGGAGAAAGACGUUUGAAAUCUGGAUGCGAAGUCAAACUAGUACGAGGUCAAGUUUUGACCUAGAUUGGAGGCAGUUUAGCCGCUCUAAAUACAAGUUUCCAACACUCAAGGAGACUGAACUACAAACAGAAGCAUUUAUAACAUUGUAUAACUCUUCACUGAAAGUUAUAUACACACGUGAUCCUCACUGGCAGCUAUUGAGUAUUAUGUGAACAAUUUUGUAGUGCCAAGUAAUGAAUCAUUACAACUUGGCAAACAGAUUACAUUGAAUCACAAAGAUUCUCGGACCAAAGAGGAUCUGAAAUGUGGCCAUAGUGUUACAUUUAAGGAAUUUACAAACUACCUCCGCUCAACUAAUCAAUAUUCUUCCUUUGCUGGAACAGCAAACCAUUGUGAUGUUUGUGGAAUAGAUUUUGACGUCAUCGGAAAAGAGGAUACUUUCGAACAGGAUACCCUGUAUGUAUACAACAAAUUAAAAUCCCCCGACAAGGUUUCCGCUUUCGAGGAUUUCCAGCGUGAAUACGACUUCAGCAUAAUUGAAGGUUUCGUUGAAACAGCCUUUACUCGGAAGAAUAACAUCACCUGCAUAAGCACCUACUCCAUGUAUUUAAGAUUGUGGCGUCAGCUCCAGAUUUGGGGCUACAUCAGUAACAACAUAACAUUCCCGUACACCAAAGAAGAAAGUCUUACCCUGGCGUACACUAAGUUACUGGACGCCACUUUGAUGGCAUAUCACAACUCGGUUCCAAUGUCAAGGUCCAAUAGAUUUGAGGCGAUAGGUCAGGCCUACUUUGACCUUACACUAGGUGAUUUGGGUUCUGUGAGGAAACCGUUUGAACUCGAUUUUCAUCUGUUCGGCUAUCCUGACCGACCUGCACUUGUUUAUUUCAAACAAGGUCCACGUUCCGACUUUUCAUACCUGGACAUUGUUGCGCAUCAGGGAUAGUUAAAGAUAUGGUGAUAGUUUAAUGACAACAAUUGUUCCCUGAACUUCCGUGUUCCAUGAACGUACUGCUGUUACAUGGUUGUAUUCCUACUAUGUAUUAUCAUCCAUGCCCUUACUGAUAAUGUUUUGUAUGGUUUGGAAAUUGUAUUUCUUGCUUAACCUUUCUCCAAUAAAACACUCAACUCACUAUUGAAAGAUAUCAUAUUUACAUCAUGGUUACUUUCCUAGAGUCAUUAACUUCCUUUUAAUUUGGAAGCAUUCUUUAUUAUUGAGCGUUGUAUAUUAAGUACAUUGUAUAUACCAAUUGGAAGUUGUAUUCAGAUAUCACUUCGAAUAGAUAAAAGUGGGAUAUUGCGAACAGUUUGUUAUACCGCAAUGAUCGUGGAUCUUCCUGGGGGACUCUUAAGGUUCGGUAUAUUAUAUCUGGGUUAACCGUAUAAUGAGUCAGUCCUUUUGAUUAUAAGAUUGUUAUUUAUUUAGCACGAUGAACACUAUAAAAAUAAUCAAUGACAAUACUUUCGACUUGUUUGAACAAUAUCACCCAGUCAAAGCAAACUGACCAUGAAGUCUGGUGCUUCUGAAACAGCUGUGCCAAGAGCGUUAGUUACCGCCGGCUUCAGACUUAACAACUGAUGAUUAUACCAGCUAAGCGGACAAAAGGUAACUAUGUGCAGUUCUAAAUUUCCUAGCCAUAAGUUAAUAUAUUGUGGGAUUCCGUAUAUUCAUCAUCUGCAUAUUGUUUGUGGAGUAUAUUUCCAGUAUCCGUCUAGACGUUGUUGUAUGUGGCAUUCCGUAUAUUCAUCAUCAAUUUAUUCAGCAUAUUGUUUGUGUUAAAGGGGGCAGUGCCUCUGUCCAGAAUAUGUCUAGGCGUUGUUAUUUGUAGGAGUCCGCACAUUUACAUAUUGUUUCUGUUAAAGGGGGACUGGAAACAGAAUGUGGAACAUAACCAUUGAAAUAUUAAAGACGUCAGUGGGGCUCUGCAAACAUCAAUACAGUGAUAAUAGAUUAAUAAUAGAGGGAUUUGGGAUUUACCAUAAUGCGAUAAGAAUGUGCACAGUUUCUUUUUUCUAAUACAUAUUCACACUCGUCAAUGCUAUGACAGUCAUAUAUUAUAGUAACAAAGAAAAUUUGUUUAGGUGACGUGUACCCAAACCAUAUACUUUAUACAGAUCAAAAAGACAAAACGUCUAUCUGGUAUUGAUUUGUUGUCCAACCACAUGUGCCCUCCCAUGGCGUCCAGUAUAUUUAUUGAUGGAUACAAUGUAAGCCUUGCAUCAGGAUAUAUGCAUUGUUUAGAACAAUAACAUACAGCAUAUUGACAGUGAAAUGAUCGACCACUCUCUGGUAUUAACUUCACAUCUGGAGAUGUGUUACCAUCAAAAGAUUUGUCUCGAAACACUUGCAGUGUGACAAGAGAGCGUAGAAGGUACGUUCUAAGGUAUCUUAUAUAAAUGAUAUCUUGUAGUAAUUUAACGUAUUUGUGGUAACAUAAGUCCGAUUGAAAUAAGAACGUACCUGUUCAUUCAUAGUGGGAGGUGAACUUUAUUUAAAUUAUUUACACACUGACACGGAUUCAAUGGUGCGUACAUGUCGUAAUACCUUCAGUGGUAUAGAAAUAAAUACACACAGGAUUUUUCAGUGGGUGUUGGAGUAUAUGUACUUGUCUUUUUCAGUAAAUUGUUCCCUGCUAUAAAAGCCGAGUUUUAGUUCUAGUUUUACUUUGAUCAUAAUGCUGUAUGCUUUCACCGGUUGUUUUAUUACGCUUAUACUUGUGUUUCUCUUCGCUGCUCAUUACGUACUCCUUCUAAGAAGGAAGCUUAUCGCAUGCUUAGGAUUCCUUUUAAACACAAAUUAGAAUUGUUAUCGUGUGUCCUGGGUGUGUUUUAUGCUCAGUUGAUAUAGAGUAUACAUGUAUAUGAAUCUUUGAAACAGUGCACACAUUUCAAAGCUGAGACGAUCGCGCGAAUUCUUGAGACAUUUAAAUCCAGUUCUAAUUCAUCAUCCUAAUGUUGGAGUACAGAUUCUAACUAUGUCAUGAUCAUACUGAUAGCUUGGCAAAUAAUCUGAAUCUGAUUAUUUCUGUUUUAACUGAUCAGUAUGAAGGAGUACCGAUUGGAGCUUUUUAAUUUUACAAUAAUAUAUAGAUUUAUGAAACAAUUGUUUAGAUAUUGGAACUAUUUGAAUACUCUCGAUAUCAAUGUAUGUUCAUUUUGAGAAAUGUCUUGAACAAAUUAUGUUGCGCUUCAUACAUUACAUAUAGCUAUGGUGAGAAGCAGCAGAAGGUGCAUUGCGUCUGUGUGUCAUUGUCCGAGGUCAGUCGUCCUCCUCCUGAUGGGCGUGGCUACGCUUCUGGUGACGAAUUACAUGAUACAUCAACAACACCGUUACAACACGGUUAACCACAUGGGCGGUAAACAGUUACUGGGAAGCGGCGCUACGACUUUAGGAACUCCACCACUGCCAUCCGAUGAUCUGUUAUUGGUGGAAUCAGUUCAGAGCAUACCAUAUCAGGCGGAUUUAGAUAAAGAAUACUGGAGAAGACGAGAACACAUUAAAUAUGUAUGUCAUGCUGUUGACCUAAGACGCCUUACGAGAGAGAAAUGGACGGAGCAGCUUUGGCACUUCAAAUCACUGAACAUACUCUAUUGUCCCCUCGAGAAUCACGAAACAGUUAUAUGGAGAAAGACGUUUGAAAUCUGGAUGCGAAGUCAAACUGAUUCAACAAGUCUUCUCCUGGACUGGGGGCGGUUUAACGGCUCCGAGUAUAGGAAUACAGUAACAGGAGAACAAGCAGAAACAUUUGUGGACAUGUUCAACUCAUCACUGAAAGUCUUAUACACUCGUGAUCCUUAUUGGCAGUUGUUUGAAUAUUAUGUGAAUAAUAUUGUAGUGCCAAGUAAUGAAUCAUUACAACUUGGCAAACAGAUUACAUUGAAUCACAAAGAUUCUCCGUCAAAAGGUAAUAUUGAGUGUGGCCAUAAUGUUUCCUUUGUAGAUUUCACACAAUUCGUAAUGUCUUCGAAAGAAAAUGGUUCCUUUGCAGGUACAGUAAACCAUUGUGAUGUUUGUGGAAUAGAUUUUGACGUCAUCGGAAAAGAGGAUACUUUCGAACAGGAUACCCUGUAUGUAUACAACAAAUUAAAAUCCCCCGACAAGGUUUCCGCUUUCGAGGAUUUCCAGCGUGAAUACGACUUCAGCAUAAUUGAAGGUUUCGUUGAAACAGCCUUUACUCGGAAGAAUAACAUCACCUGCAUAAGCACCUACUCCAUGUAUUUAAGAUUGUGGCGUCAGCUCCAGAUUUGGGGCUACAUCAGUAACAACAUAAAAUUCCCGUACACCAAAGAGGAAAGUCUUUCCUUGGAGUAUUACGAGUUACUGGACGCCAGUUUAGGGGCCUAUAAUAGCUCAAUUCCAAUGUCAAGGUCCAAUAGAUUUGAGGCUAUCUCACAAGCGUACCACGUCCUUAGUCUUUCCGAGUUAAAUGAACUAAGGGCACUUUAUGUCAUUAAUUUCUAUCUGUUCGACUACAAUGAUCGACCGGGGCUAAUCUAUUUCAAACAAGCGCCUCAGUCAGACUUUUCGUUCUUUGAUAUAAUUGUGAAUCAGGAGUAGCUACAUGUAUAAUCUUUGCCAUUUUCUCUGAAGAA